CGCCUUCCAGAAUACCCAACAUAUCUAUAGGAUAGGCAUUUAUUAUGGGGAGAAAGAGUAAAGGCAAGAUCAAAACCAUUGCGGAGCCGAUACAAAAAUGGGAUCUAAUACCCGAGAGUGAAAUGUUGGAACGAGAGGCUAAGUAUAUAAGCCGCCUGAAUGAUUUUGGCGUUAGUGCUCAAUUAGUAAAGCAUGCCCAAAGCGACUUCUAUGAACAGGAGGUGGAGAGAGCGGCUAGAGAACAUUGGGAACGUCAUCUGCGCUGUGAUGGACUACCACGUCCCUAUCUUCCGGUCGAAAUAAGAACAUUUAUUUCCAAAAUGCGGUUCUACGAUGAAAUCGAAUCUAACAAUUCAAUGGACUGGACUUUGUCGGUGGACGAGCGAUCUAUAUUGAAUCAGAAUAUCUUUCGGGUGGACAAAACGAGAAGUGUGAUGAGGCUCAACAAAGAUAAUCCGGGUGUGCCCUAUGGCAAUAAUGUCCAAAUGUGCCUGGAAACAUUGAAACAGAUGGAUAUAAUGCUGGACAAUGAGGCGGAAUUAGUGCGAAUGACUGCAAAAAGGCAGAUGGAUAUUAUAGAUGUUUAUUCGGAAGUCGAGCUGGAAAUCGAUGAUCUUUUUAAUCGCCUUACCUAUCGGCUAUUGAAAAUGCAGAAAACUUAUAUGGAUUCCGAAGAUGGUAAAGUGGCUACAUGGAGCUACAAGUGUGAGCCCUGGGAGUUGGAUAUGUGGGGCCUUCUAAAUGUCCCUAUAAUCUUUGAAAAUUUGGAAUUGCCAGUUAUGUUGGCCGAGCUAAAGGCCACGGGCGUUGAAGUCCAAAUACCAAGAAGUAUUCUUAAAGAUUGCGUAACACUUCGAAGUAUACACACUAAAUUCGACAAAAUCUCGCAGAAUGCCAAGAGCUUCGAGACACCGGUUGCUACAUCGCUCAAUUAUCCCACCGCUGGAAUUGUCGAUAUUGAGAAAUCGGUCGUUGAUGAAUGGCUAAUGCAGCAGGAAAUUCAGCAGGAGACACUGAAUCUGAUGUUGAGCCGGCGACAGGAGUACGAGGAUAUGAUGCAGAUCAUCGCCGAAAAAACCGAGGCGGCAGCUAAGGCGGCCAAACAAAGUGAUAGCGAUAAAGCCAUCAAAAUUAUAAUACCAAAAGCUCCGAAAGAACCUCCGGCCGUUCCACAGGGCAUGUUUCCCGAUAUCUACAGCGAUUUUCUCAGAAUGGAGGAUAGCCAGUAUUUGGGUUACCUUGAUGAGGUGUAUCAUCCAAGGCAUCUGGAUAUGCAGAAAUUCGAGAUAAAUCUUAGAGACUUCAUCAUGCUUGGUGGAAUCUAUGCGAUCAUGUUCAUAAGGCGACCUGACCAAACUCAGUUCCAGAAGUUUAACAUUGUUUUGCACGAGGAUGGUCGCGUGCUGCACUCCAUGCCAGAAAUGGUGGCCGAAGUUCAAGGGGAAAAUAUGCGCAAGUCGAAUAUUAGCCGAAAGACCAGAGAGACCUUUCGCGGGACCAAAAUCAAGCUUGAGGAUGACGAACUGCCCUAUUUCAUCGUGACACUGCAGCUGCCGCAGGAUCUGUGCAAGUGGAAUGAGCCCGUGGUCUGCCACUUCAUGACGGAGCAGGAGCUCAUUCCGAUCGAAUACAAACGCGAAGCCGUAUGGGUGCCAACCAAGCAGAGUAUCAUAAGUCAUUCGAUACAUAACGAGGGUCCAGGUAGUACCAUGAAUCAUGGCAGUCGAUUUUCGGUUGACUCUGCCAAUAUAUUUCGGCCCACCAUGCGGUCGUUGCUCCGGCAAAGUAAAUUGGAAUCGGCUCAGAUAGCCGAAAUUCCCUUGGAUGAUUUUGAUCUGCGUAAGAAAUUGAACAAUUUGGAGAUACGAACCUUGGAGAGACAUUGCUUGCCCCGCAUUAUUUCGACGUUUAAGUUUCCCAUAGAUUUCCGGGAUGAGCUACGGGAAGGGGCAAAGGGGCCGGGCAAAAAGGGUUUGAUCAAGCGGACAGAAGCCGAAGAAGUGGUCAUUAAGACUAAAAGCUUAGAUUUAGACUUCGAUUCCCAGGCCAAUACCGCGGAACGCUUGUAUCCCUUCUUUCCGGAAGUAGAUCCUAUACAGUAUCCCAUGCUUGCCGAUGAUGGGCAACCAGGACCUAUCAAUUCCUCUACAGCGCUUGGUCUUCUGAAAGCCGUUGACGACAUCAAAUCGAAAUAUAAAGAAAGGCCAGUUAACCUUUUCAGUCAGCCCGACGAGCAGGACAAGAAAUUGAAGCAAAAAAAAAAGGAAGAUGAGGAGUUACCAGAGGGGCAGAUGGGCAGACGCAAGUCGAGUAAAAUUUCCGAAAAAAUGCGACAAAGCUCAAAGGAUAAAAAACCCAGCGUCGUUUCGGAAACACCUACGGACGGGAUGCAGGCUCAGGACGUGACCCAUUGGACAACAAAAUACAUUAAAGACUCCGUUCUCGAUAGAGCAACUAGCAAAAUUACGUUUAAGACCGACCGACUGGGAUAUUUUGGAUUAGCCUUCAAGCGGUACGAGCACUUUCCAUUUCGCGAAUGGUCACUGCAGCCAAAUGAGGAAAAUCCGGAUGAGAUAAUACUUAGCGUGGACACAUUUCACGUCCGUAUAUUUUUCUACAUCACAUCGAAAGGAGUGCGGGGAUAUGUGACCGAUCUGAUUAAGGGUUACAGUGCCAAGCCUUUUAAAUAUCUCGAGAUUGUGGAGCCUAUAUCUGACUUUCGUGAAAUGCGCAAUUUAUUCAUCAGCAAAAACAUCAAUAUAUUUGCCGAGAACGAUGCCCAUUUCUAUAUAGAAAAUGGAUACUUCUCCAUGAAGCAUGUGGCACUAGAGCACCACACAUAUAAUAUCAUGGCACUCCACUGCAAGUUGAUGAAGUUCUACCGAUCUAGCUGGAAUCGAUUGGCCACACGCCGGGAUAUCAUCUUGGGCAUGAAGAUUGCCAAGGAAGCCUCUGAUUACUCCGAGGUAACACUGAGAAUUACCCCCGAGAACACCACGUUUGUUCAGGUUACAGAGAAUUGCUCGGAUAAAGUGAAUGUGAUUGUGCUUAGUUAUGCUAACACCUGGCGAAACAUUGGCGAAUACACGGAUCUACAUCAGGCCAUAAACUCAAUGGUUCCUUAUGCCACAGAAGUUAGGAACAAGGAUUCCAUUCUUCUGCAUAAUGUAACGCGAAUGCUAAAAGAGCUCAGACUUUUAAGCUAUUCGUAAAAUGUCUCUAUAUAUUUUGUACAUCUAUACUGGUUAGUCUUAUAUAUAAUAAAACAGUAUGCAACAAA